AUGGACGUCGCACGCACUCAAGAGAAUGCCAUGACUACGGAUCCCAGUCAAAUGGCCUUCAGAGCCGUUACGCACUGGCUUCAAAGUCAGACUAUGCCGGUAUACUGCUGCACCACGCCGGCAUUCCGCCUUCGGAUGCCAUCAAAGCUCGACGCUGACCCGCCACUAUUACUACAGAGCCAGCUGAGCAAGGUGUUGAGCCGACCGCAACAGAGCCAGAGCCAGCAACAGACGCAGCAGUCGAUCCAAUACUCUCAGCCCAACAACAGCGAGGACAGCCACGACGAUAGUGCGAGGCGCGCAUCCUCGACGAACCUUUGGACGAAACCGCUGCCCCAGCUGCCGCCGCCAAACAUGUCCCUGUCCGGCAAAGUCGCCCUCGUCACCGGGGGUGCGAGAGGCAUCGGAGCUGCCAUCGCGCUGAAGCUCGCCAGAGAAGGAGCCAGAGUCGCCUUCACCUUUGUGAAUACCUCGUCAAUAGCCAAGGCGCAUGAGGUCAUAUCCGAGAUCGAGGCCUGCGGGUCCUCGGCCACCGCCAUCCAGGCCGACGUCUCCAAGCACCAGGAAAAGGUCGUCAAGCGCGCCAUGAUGGCCUUCGGCGUCCAAAAGAUCGACAUCCUCGUCAACAACGCCGCCGCCACGCUCUCCGCGUCCCUCGACGACACCACCCCCGAGGACUACGACCGCAUCUUCAACACAAACACCCGCGCCGUCUUCUUCAUGAUGCAGGCCGCCAAGGCCCACAUCGCCCCGGGCGGCCGCAUCAUCAACAUCUCCUCCGUCGCCGCCCGCGCCGACAGCCCCGGCAGCAUGGCCUACGCCGGCUCCAAGGCCGCCGUCGAGGCCUUCACCCGCGUCGCCGCCCGCGAGAUGGGCCAGGCCCACGGCGUCACCGUCAACUGCAUCAGCCCCGGCACCGUCAAGACGGAGAUGUUCGACGCGCUCCCGGACGACCAGCGCAGCGCCGACCUGGAAAGGGCGACGCUCACGCCCGCCGAGGCGCGGCUCGGCGCCGUCGAGGACAUUGCCGACGUCGUCGCCUUCGUGGCAAGCGACGAGUCGAGGUGGAUUACCGGCACCGUCAUCCCCGUCAAUGGGGGACGGCUGAUGAACUGA